AUGGCGAAACUUUUAGAUGGCAAAGCGUGCAGCAAAGCGAUUGAGGCGGAGCUCGAGGACUUGAUCCCGACUCUCCGUGUGACGCCGACGCUCGCGCUUUUGCUCGUUGGCAGCAACCCGGACUCGAAGACAUACGUGCGGCUCAAGAAGAGCGCGUGUACCCGCGUUGGAAUCACGCCCCAAGUGCACGAGCUGUCCGAGUCCGUUGCAUUUGACGAACUGCAUGCUCUCAUUGAGAAGCUCAAUGCUGAUGCCGCCGUUCACGGCCUUCUGCUCCAGCUGCCUCUACCCGCGCACCUAAAGUCUCACGAGGCGGAGCUACUGGAGACCAUCAGUCCUUUCAAAGACGUGGACGGACUCCAUUCGUACCAUUUUGCGCGACUGACAGCGCAAAGGACAACGGAACACACAGCCGGAGAAAAGGAGGAGUUGUACUUGCGGCCGUGCACACCCGCGGGCUGUUUGGAGCUUCUGGCUCGCAACGGGAUUGAACUGGAGGGCAAGGACGUGGUUGUCAUUGGCCGUGGACAACUUGUUGGGCUGCCGCUGUCGCUCAUGCUACUGGCUGCAAAUGCCACAGUGACGAGUUGCCACUCGAAGACCAAGAAUCUGAAGGACAAGGUCCAACAAGCUGACGUUGUGUUCGUGGGCACCGGUCAGCCUGAACUCGUCAAGGGCGACUGGCUCGCAGAGGGAGCGGUGGUCGUGGACGUCGGGAUCAGCUACGUGGACGACGAUUCCUGCCCAAAGGGGUACAAGAUUCUGGGCGAUGUUGACUUUGCUGCCGCUAGUGCGCGCGCCUCAGCCAUCACGCCUGUUCCUGGCGGUGUCGGACCCAUGACGGUUGCCAUGCUUUUGCGGAACACGGUCGAGUGCGCCAAGUUUGCAGCCCUGACCAACUGA